AUGGCACUGGUCUGCCGCUUGCCCUGUGUGCCCACAGCAGAGAAGUACGGCGAGAGAAACGCGUUUCACAAAGAGGACCUGAACUUUGAGCUGGAGCUGUGUCUGAAGGUCUUGACUCGCAGGAUGAACGCCCUCCGGACUCUGUUUCUCUUGGCCGCCGGCCUCUCUGUGGGUGAAUCUCUCAUCCUUCCAGCUUGUUGUGCUACAAUCGUGUCUUCUGAGCCAUAUUCGCUCUACGGGUUCAGGUUACAGAUCCUGUGCAUGAUGCCCAAAAGCUGGCCGAUUAAGGACUUCGCUGACUACGGCUGCUACUGUGGAAAGGGCGGCUCUGGCACGCCUGUGGACGAGCUGGACAGGUGCUGCCAAGUGCAUGACAAGUGUUAUGGUGACGCCCAGCAGCUCGACGCAUGCUGGUCCAUCUUCCACAAUCCUUACACCAAGUCUUACUCCCAUGACUGUGCCAAACAAAGCAAGAUGAUCACCUGUGCCGAGAACAACAGCGAAUGUGAGAUGUUCAUCUGCGAGUGUGACAGGAAGGCUGCCGAGUGUUUUGCCAAAUCUCCUUAUAACGACAAGUACAAGCACCUGCCCAGCGACCAAUGUCAGUAG